UGGCUGAAGCAUUCAAUGAUUGGUAUACCGGGAAUAUGGGCAUUGGUUCAGCAUGGUUCGAAAUGUGCCCAUUGUUGGCAUCCUCUUUGUUGACAUCAGGCAUCAUGGCCAGCAUGGUGAAAUUCAUGUUGCUAAAAGAUUCUCCUUCACAAUGUCAAUCAGUGAAACACUUUGUCAAUUACCAAGUCUCUGCUCUCCAGAAAAAUAUUUUCUGGGUAUUCUCGUACACUUUGUGUUGGUACAAUCAAUUACAGUAAUGUUGGUGGGAUUAUCUAAUUGAUGCUAGUUUUGCCUGUCUUUUAUAGUGGCAUUCCUCGCUCACUGGCACUUGAACCGGCUGAUGCAUCGCAGGAAACUCAGGAUUAAGAUGACAGCGGAGCAACAACAGAAGCGGUCGUCAUCGUCAUCCGUCCGACACACUGAGCUGAUCGGUCAGCAAUUGCAAAGACGUGGCACUCCGUACGCAGGAUUGCCCCUCACCUGUGGGCCGUGACGUGGAGUUCCGUCAUCGGAUAAGCGCCCGCCGCGCAUGCGCGCGUGUCGACAGUUCGGCGGAGGGCAUCGUGUCGCCGCGGCACAGAAGUCAUCGCACCUUCGUCUCAUAUAAGUGCCAUCACCGUCCUCAUCUCGAACUCCACUUAAAUCCUUUCAUCCUCUCGCUCUCUCCUGCUGCUAUAAUCAUUAAAGAUGUUGGCCGUGUUCCACGAGACCCUCGCGCGCCCCCCGCAGGAGCUCAGCUGCCCUGAGUCCACCACCGGCUUCCCUCCCAAACCUGGUUACCGCCGGCGUCACCCCAAGAACCCCGACGAGAUCCUCAGGGACUUCCUCUCCUCCCACCCUGCCCACUCCUUCUGCGCCACCUUCAGUGGCGGUGCAGCCCUGGCCUGCCUCGGCCCCCAAGACCCCCCUCCCUCCCUCCUCUGCCAGAGGUUCUUCUGUAGCUUUGAUGAGGUGUACUGCAUGUUCGUGGGGAGCAUCAGCAACCUGAGCUCCCUCGUCAGGGAGUACGGUCUCUGCGGCAAGAUGUCCAACGAGGCGCUGCUGGUGAUCGAGGCCUACCGCACGCUGCGCGACCGCGGGCCGUACCCCGCUGACAAGGUCGUCAAGGACCUCGCCGGCAGCUUCGCCUUCGUCGUCUACGAUAACAUGACCGGCGCCGUCUUCGCCGCUCUGAGCGCGGACGGGGGCGUGCCACUGUACUGGGGCAUCGCUGCGGAUGGCUCCGUGGUGAUCGGUGAUGAUGUGGAGAUCAUGAAGGGAAGCUGCGCCAAGUCUUACGCUCCAUUCCCCACUGGGUGCAUGUUUCAUAGCGAGGGAGGGUUAAGGAGCUUUGAGCAUCCGAUGAACAGGAUGAAGGCAAUGCCGAGGGUGGACAGCGAGGGGGCGAUGUGCGGCGCCAGCUUCAUGGUCGACGCCUCCUCCAAGAUCGCCGCCAUCCCCCGGGUGGGCAGCGCCGCCAACUGGGCCUCCUCCUGGGCUUUGAGUAUCUAACUGGAAUCGGCGCUGUUCGUCUGUGUAAAUACAAAAAAAAUACAGUGUAUUACUCCAAAAUCUCGUGUACAAAAAAUGUACCAUAUACACUUAUUUUACAUGAUCAAACAGAUGCUUAAUCA